AUGACGGAAUCAUGGGGAAUUAUAGGCAAAGACACAGUCUUGAAAGAUUUGAUUAUUUGUUUAUAUGUUCAAGAAGCACACAAUACAGCUAAUCCAUUAUUGAUUUCCGCCUUGAAUUUCCGCUCACAAGGGUGCAAAUUAUGCUUACAGUGUUUCUACUUGAGACUGAGACAGAUUAGGAAAUGUUUUAGACGAAUCAAAGUUCCAUAUUCUUAUAACCAUGUACCUUUUGCUAUAGAUAUGAUGUGCGAGGAUUAUGAAGAAAGAGGAAAUUCAAAUAAAAAGUAUUAUAGGCGCACAUUUUACAAAGAAAUGUUCUGCUUAAACUUCGAAGUAUAUUGGUCACCUGCUCUACAACAGCCCUUUCUGGAAGUUGAAGAAGCUAGACAGGGACAAGACAAGCGCAUUAUACAACAUGGUGAUUCAUUAGUUUAA